AAAACAUUCCACAUUCCAAAGACUGGAAUAAUCAACACUCAAAAGUGUGGAGUGUCAAGGUUACACACUGGAUUAGCUUUCAAACACUUCAAACCAUCUUCCCUUUUAAGAUUCUCUGUCUUCUCCAUGAAUGGUAAGGGUCUGAUGAAGAACCUGUAUGGAAUUAUUUUGUGAUCUGGGCAAAAUAAUUGAAGCCGAGAGUGUGAAGCGAAAGAGGCUGCUGCGGGAAAAGAAUGAGAUACAAAAUAUUAAUCCGGUUGCUAUUGAUUUUUAUGUCUCUGUGUGUCCUUUAUAGAGAAUACCAGUUCAGUCCAAAGAAGCUGCAGAUGACAUAUCAGUGCUGGUCUGUGAGAAACCAGCCAGAACCACAGAUGUCAAUGAACUGGUUUAAUUCCAAAAACAACAAGAACUCGAUAUACAAACGCAUGAGAACUACCAGCUGGUCAGCUCCAAUUGUGUGGACUGACACUUACAAUGAGUCAGUCUUGAAAAUGUAUUAUAAAAAGCACCCAGUUACUGUGGGGCUGAUUGUGUUUGCAGUGGGAAGUUACCUUUGGUACUACUUGGGAAACUUUCUGACAUCUGCUAAUACAUUCUUCAUGGUCGACCAGAGGGUCAUCAUUUAUGUCAUGUUGGAUGAUUUUGCCUUUAUGCCAUUGAUAAAUCUGAAUCGUCUGCGGACGUUAAAAGUUUUUAAAGUUAAACGGCAGAAGAGGUGGCAGGAUAUCAGCAUGAUGCGCAUGAAGAUCAUCAGUGAACACAUCACAGAUCACAUACAGUAUGAGGUCGACUAUGUCUUCUGCAUGGAUGUGGAUCAAACAUUCAAAAGCAGCUACGGGUUGGAGACCCUGGGAGACUCUGUAGCUCAGCUACACACCUAUUGGUAUCGGGAAGACCCUGACCUAGUGCCUUUUGAAAGAAACGAGUCAUCAGACGCUUACAUACCAAUGGGGGAGGGAGAUUUUUAUUACCAUGCUGCUGUUUUUGGAGGCACAGCCUCCCAGGUUCUCAAGAUUACUAAAGAGUGUGCCAAAGGGAUUAUGAAUGAUAAGAAAAAUAAUAUUGAAGCAAUUUGGCAUGACGAAAGCCAUUUAAACAAGUAUUUCUUUCUCCAUAAACCCACUAAACUCUUGUCACCAGAAUUUUGCUGGGAUUUACGUAAGAGUAAGACUGAUGAUAUCAAGACUGUUAAACUUUCUUGGAGCUUUAAGAAUUAUGAUUAUCUUAGACAGCAAAUAUAAUUUUAUGGCCCUUUCCUCAUAUUCCUGAGUUGAAGAGUAUCGGUUUUCUUGGAAAAUUAGUACCUGGCAUGUUUUAGCAAUAAAGCUUCAUUACUAAGUGGCAAGUCCACCAACAGUGAACUCUUCAGCUCACAUUCAUCUUGAAUGAUGUAAUAAGAGAUAUAGUGCACCCAGGUGAGUCUGCUGGAAGCAGAUGGAGAGGCAGUAAUUUCACAUCUUGUGUGAAUGUUGCAAACAUAAUAUGCUAGCUCAUGAUGGAACAGGAUAGAUUCUGAAACUAGAAAAGGAAACUAAAUUUCCCAGUUGAUGAGAUCCAUGGUCUUGUGGCUGCUUUCUUCAGUACAUAGGCAUCGCUAUCUUGACUCAGAGAAGCUGUGGUCAUUUUUGAGACCAUCACAAGGUAGGGUCCAUUAACAUUCCCUCAUGGGAUUCAUGAGUCUAGUCCCUGUCCCCCAAGAUACACAAAUGGUUAAUAGUUGCUGAAAAAGGAAGAGGUUUCUGUCAUUGUAACUAAACCAUAAAUUGUCCACACUUCUUGUAACAUCAAUAAACUCUCUGGUUCACUAAGA